CUUAGCAUUUGCUUAGUUACGUUUGAUUACUAUGCUGAAAAAGACGACAUCCUGCUUAAAACUACGUCCAAACACAUUUAGAUUCUUGAUAUUUAGUGACAGUAAAAUGCAUCAGUGAUAGCAACGGAAAUAAAAAUAUGAUUUAAAAAAACAUUACAGAGUUUGGUAACUGAGGAAUGGCUGAAUCUAAAGUUAAAAAGUCUAGAAAGAAAAAGAAAACCAAAAAGAGUUCCGACAAAAGAGAUCCUACACUUAAAGUUAGUAGUGAUGAAGAUAGAUUGGAAGUAGAAGGCAUACAAGCAUUGGAAACACUAGUUCAAGGUGAUGGAACUCUAUUUCACAAGAACCUAACAAAGCUGCCUAAUAUACAAGCCAAUCAAAAUUCUCUAUUUUAUCAUACCAAGGCUGACCCUGCAGAGAAUUCACCAGAGAUUCUAUUGACAGAUACUAAAACAUCUUUCCAUCAAGCAACACAAAAGUCUGCGUUGCCUAAUGCAAAAAAAAAGCCUAAAAUAAAUAAUGGGAAACAUUUAAACAGCAAAACAUCUCAGGGUAGCAAAGAAAAAACUGCGAAAGCUUCAGUUGAGAAACCAGAAUUGGCUGACUUUUUACCCAUUCAGAGCUUCAGCACCCUUAAUUUGAGCACCAGAUCAUUAGAGAGCCUUAGAUGGGAUAACAUACUAGAAGAUACUGAGGAAGAAAAGGAAAGAAUAAGACUAUAUAAACUAAACAGGAGGAAACGUUAUCUGGCAGCUGCACAAGCCAAAGGUUUGGCCUGGGCUACAAAUUAUGCAAUGAACUCCUCUUUUCAGCUUUCAGAGGAUACAAUUUUAGAAAAAAUCUGGCCAGCACAAAACACAAUCUCAGAUUUCAGCCCUAUGAGAAAUUUGCAAUCAUCCCAUGGACAUAACAUGUUGUCCGGCUUGAUUGAAUGUUGAUUACUAAAAUGUAUGUAAUCGUGACUUGAUUCAGUGAUAUUUUAUUGUAUAAUUCAUUAUUGUUAAAGAUUAUACAUAUAUAUAUAUAGUUUUAUGUAAACCAAAGAAAUGCAUGUCAAAUCAAACCUGUGAUGUACAUACACUGAUAACAACUUUUUUUUUUAACUGAUGAAAUACACUUUGUAAACUUCAACAAAUAAUUAGAUUUUUAAAUUAUAAAUUGGUUACAAUACUGGUUUUGAUUUUAAAAAUUUUUGUAAAUAUUUUUUCUAUAUUAAAAAAUACUUUCAAUCUAUGCAAAUUUCCUAAAACAGAUUUUCAUGUUUUGCUAAUGUAUUUCAUUUAUUAAGUAGGAAUCCUUUGGAAAUGUACAUAUAGCCUACUAAAGGCAUAUACAAAUUUUGUUGCUUUUUUUGCUAUAUCCUUAAAUAGUUUAUUCUCUUUAAAAUCUCCAUGCAAGUAUGGAAAGGGAAAAAAAUGUACCAUGCAAAAUUUGAAAAAAUGUGUUUGAACAUAAUUAUUUGAACAUAUUUAGACACUGUGUCUGCUGACUUACCAGUAGUAACAUUGGCCUUCCACUUCUAAAGGAAGCUUAAUUCAAAUUAUCUUAUAAUAGUGUUUCCCAAACUUAUUCUUAGCGGAAUAUCCUGAGCAUUUAGCAGAACAUUUCACUUAUUUUUUUAGAGAGAUUAAUUCACGUUGUGGCCUUCUAGUUAAUAAUUCCAGUAGUUCUUGUAACACUUAUUCAGACCUAGCGGAACACAGUUUGGGAAACACUGUUCUAACGGAAUACCAUACAUUGUCAAUAUACCCACAGAUCUCAUCUUGCCAGUUUGUUUGUUUUUUCUUCUACAUUAUUUGUGAAUAAGUAUUAUUUGUGGUUCCAUUUGCUCCCAGGGUGUACAUGACAUAUAAAGAAGGUUAAAAAUAACUAUGGCAUCAGUAUUGUUUUUAUGUGUUCUCCUUUUCUCUCCAAGUUUGGAGAUAUAUAAAAAUACAUUAUUUAUUAAGUUUACUUUUUAUUUCGCUGUCGUAAAAAUAUAUCACGUGAGAAGCAAAUGUUUUUUAAUUUUUAUUUGUUUACUCUUGACAGGCACAGCGUCAUAAGCAGAUGUAGCAGUCAGUCUGUAACAAGGUGACAAAAUGUUAUUAAGGCCCUUAUUGUUCUUCUUGCUUUCCCUCCAUCAUUUUAUCUUUUUUUUUUUUUGGCCUACCUCUUGCCUGACAUCCUGGCUAUUACAUCUGCUAUCAUGACUAAUUGACUCAUGGUUGAUAAUCUCACUCAGUACCAAACCAGAUUAUUUUAUUUUUAACUUGGCUGCAAAAAUUUUUUUCUUAAGCUUAUGAGGAAAUUGGUGAAUUCUGAUAACACAAACUCUAUUUGUAAUCUUGUUUUUUAAGCUUAUUAGGGAAUUUAGAGUAAGAGCUGUAUAGUAGGACUUUAUUCCCAAUAUAAGGCUGCUACUGCAAGUCAAGUCAUCUAAUGAAGAAAUCAAAACAGUAUAAUCUGAAAUUAUACAAACAGGGUAAUACAGCUAUCACUGGAUUCAGAACCCCACACUUUUAUGCAUAAGAUGUCUCUUUUAUAUUGAAUUUUAAUUUUUCUACACACCUUUGGAGAAACUUGUAUGUAUUUUUUAAAUGUUCUGCAGUUAUAUUAUUGAAUUGUAUAAAAUAAGUUUUCAUUUUCUUUACAAGCUUAAAUAUAUAAAGACUAGGAAAGCAAGUCUAAAUAAAUGCUUGUAAAAAUGUAAAUUUAUACUCUUUAUGAAUUCUGCGACCCUUCUUGUUCUUUGAGCCAAAAAAAAAAAGCCUAAUUUUUAUUAUUUUUUAUUUGGUUUUCAUCCUUAUUAGUAUUAUUACAAUUGCUUCAAAUGGUAGGCAGUUACUACUGUUUCUUAAUUUUCUAGAUGCAUUAGUACCGGGCAUUCAGAAAACAUUUCAAAACUAAUGUUCUAUUUUUCACCUUGCCUUAUUCGUCACCACCAAUAUCUGUUAAGGGGUAAUCUUUCAAAGCCAUAGGACUUCAAAAUUUAGUUAUGCUAUUUUUGUUCUAGUAGAAAGCAAUUUCAUUGUUUGAAUUACGACUAUCUCUUAGUGCUUUUCAUUGUUUUGAAAUAUUUGCAUAUCAGUAAAAAAAAAAAAUAUACAGAUGUCCUGGAUGUUUUACAAGGAAUAAUUACAAAAGAAUUAGCCUAUUGGUCAAGCUAAUGGGUUGAUUUAAUUAUUUCACAUUACAAAUGCAUUAUAUUACAAUAAUGGUAAUGUCUUCAAUUCCAAAGAUUAAGGAUGAGUGCAGUAUUUCACAUGACUAUGCAAACCCAGUUUUGACCUGCAUAUUUUUCUGCAACUCUUGCAGACAUAACAAUUGUCCAACAGCUGUCUAUUUUAGUUUACUUUGGUCUCCUGUGCUGUUUUCAAUAAGGAAUUUUCUUUGGGUCUCAAUUAAAAGAAAAACAAUUUCUUGAAAAAUAAUGAGUUAAAGUUAAUUCAUUAUUUGCAUGUAAUCAUUUAUAGUUUUAAUUUUAAUGUUGCAAUAAAGUUGAGUGAUUAGCUUUGUUUCUUUUCAUUUUAUUAGAUGAAAACUAUUUUAUUAGACUUUGCUAGUUUUAGAGUUAACUUACAUUAGAAAUAAUAAAUUGUGUUUGUAAAUGAAUGAAAUUAAUAAAUAAAGAGUGACUAAAUA